AUGAUUACGGAUGGGCGUAUUGAAAUAAUACUUGCAGUCCGUACUAGGAAGGUCUCCAUCUGGGAGCCUACCGAACCUAUCGAGUGCUCCCCCCUGCCGACGUGCGGACGCUGGAAGAAGCGCGCGGCCGAGCGCGUGAGGCGGAUUGAGAAGCCGCCGAGCGACCGCCCUUGGCUUUCGCGAGGGGGGCGACAAACCCUGAUUGGCCUGCCCUCCCUCUCUGCCUGGUCCUGUCGGCGCCUUCUCCUCGUCGUCCUUCGCCGCGAGAUCCCCAAGGCUCGCUCGCCCGACAACGCCGCGGCCCCUUCUGCUCACUCAUCCAUCCGCCACGGCUCGAUACAGCUGCUGACGCACGCCGUGGCCAGCGCCGUCGACGAUCGACAUCGUCGCCCGCCGCUUUGCAUGCCCGCCGCCGUUGGCCUCCCAGCACGCACGCACGCACACACGCACACACGCACAACCGCACACACGCACGCACACGCACACAUUCAAGCAAAGCACACUCACGCACGCACGCACGCACGCCUACCUACGCACGCACGCACGCACACACAUACACGCAUACACACACGCACCCAUCCACGCACCCACGCACCCGCGCACCCGCGCACGCCACCACGCACCCACGCACACGCAGCACCGACAUCACAGAGUCACAUCGAUACACACACGCGUCGGCAGCACCAUCGGCGAGCAGCGAGACAACCGCCGACGACGAGCGAGCACGACGACGCCGCUCGACGCGAAGCAUUGAUCAUGUCGGGCCUGGGGCCGCCCGGGUCCAGCGGCCACGCCGGCCUGAGCUUCCCCCAGACCGGCCUCCGUCGCAACCCCGGCUUCGCGCCCUCGCACGCGAACCAUCACCAGCCGAGCAAGCAGUCUCCGGCACCCCACGCCGCGUCGCCGUACCAGACCCACGCCUACGCACCCCAGCAGCCGCCCCAGACGGCGUACUCGCACCAGCUCUUCGCAUCCCAGGCCGCCGUCAACCCCAACAUCCCCAACGGUCACCACCCCUCCUCGCGAGGCCCGAAUAGCCACGUCCCCAACGUCCAACGCCAGCGCGCCGCCCCUCAGAGGCAGCAGAUGCAGCCGCAGCCGAACCCGCCGCCGAUGAUGUUCCCCAGCGGCAUCAGCCAGCCCGUCCAGCACGACCCCAUCAUCUCGCACCUGCAGCAGCAGCAGCAGCAGCAGCACCAUCAGCAGCAGCAGCAGCAGCCUCACCCGCCUCACCAGCCUCACCAAGCCCAUCAGGGUCACCCGCAGCAGCAGCAGCAGCAGCAUCAGCAGCAUCAGCAGCAUCAACACCAGCAGCAUCAGCAGCAGCACCAACAGCAGCAGCACCAACAGCACCAGCAGCACCAGCAGCACCAGCAGCACCAGCAGCAGCACCAGCAGCACCAGCAGCAACAACAGCAGCAGCACCAGCAGCAUCAGCAGCAGCAACACCAGCAGCAGCAACACCAGCAGCACCAGCAGCAUCAGGUCCACCCGGCUCACCAGGGGCUCUCGGGGCAGCCGCAGCCGCAGCAGCCGCAGCAGCACCAGGGGCAUCAGGGACGCCAGUCGCACCAAGGCCACCCUAUCCCUCAGCAACAGCAACAGCAGCAGCAGCAGCAGCAGCAGCAACAACAACAACAACAACAGCAGCAGCAGCAGCAGCAGCAGCAGCAGCAGCUCCCACCCCAAGCUGCCGCGUCCCAGCCGCAGCAGCAGACGCCCCAGCUGCCGCCCCAACAGAUGGCGCAGCCUCCCUCGCAGCCGCCGUCGCAGCCGCAGGCGCCCCAGGUCCAGCAGGUCGUCCAGCAAGCCCAGGCCGUCCACGCCUCGCCACGGCAAUCGGCGGCGCAGGUCUCCCAGCAGCAGCAGGACGGCCGCACCGACGAGGAGCUCGACCCCGAGGACCAGCACGAGGCGGACACCGAGGGGAGCGUCGAGGCCAAGCUCCUCGCCGACCCGUCCUACAUCCCCACGCACCCGAUGGGCGAGAUGAUGUCGCCGCCCCCCGAGGGUGGCAGCUACCCGACGCUCGAGGCCGUCCAAAAGGCCGUUCUCCGCUACUGCACCUCGGUCGGCUACGCCAUCGUCAUCGGCCGGUCCAAGAAGACGGUGCCGGGCUUGAAGAAGGUGCUCUUCGUCUGCGACCGCGCCGGCAAGCCGCCGAGCCGCGUCAGCCCCGAGUUUCGCAAGCGCAAGACGUCGUCGCGGAAGUGCGACUGCCCCUUUGGCUUCUUCGCCAUCGAGCAGCGCACCCAGUGGACCAUCCGCUACCGGCCCGACCCGGCCCACCUGAAGCACAACCACCCGCCGAGCGAAGGUCCCUCCCACCACCCGGCCGCCCGCAAGCUCGACAGCAAGAUGGUGGCCGCCGUGAAGCAGCUCAAGGAGAACGGUACGUCGUCCCGGAAACCUGUGGCGGGGAAGCCGGCCACCGCUGACCCAAGGCAAGGCGCCGGCGUCUCGGAGACGCUCCACAUCCUGCAGAGCGACAACCCGGACUGCCACCUGCUCCCGCGCGACAUCUACAACGCCCGCGCCGCCAUCAACCGAAACCCGCAAAAGGUGGCGACGGGCCUCGCCGAGAACCGGCCGGCCAUCUACACCAAGCCGCAGCCGACGCCCGAGGACCGCAUCCGCGCCGACAUCCGGAGCGAGCUGGCCAACGCGCGCGAGGACCUCAAGAAGCUCGAGGAGGAAAAGCAAAAGGAGAUUGACGAGCUGAAGGCGCAGCUCGAGGAGAAGGAGAAGCUCAUUCAAAAGUUUGAGAUGUUCAUCGACAUCUGCAACCAGCGGGUCAUGGUCCAGCGGGAGAGGCUGGCCGGGCCCGUCGCCGUGCCGGAAGGGAGCCCGGCGACGGGCGUGAACCCCACGGGCUAA